AUGCCCUUCUUGGACCAUCUAAAUAUUCCUGGAUUCUGUAUUGAUCAGUCGUGUAAUGGGUUGCUUCUCUGCUCUUCAACUUGUUUAGACUCAGCUGAUUUGGGGUACUGGUUUUUUAUUUGUAAUCCCACCACCAAUCAUUUCAAGAGGAUUUCUCACCCUGUUCACAAAUUUGACAAGUUUCAUCAUCCACCUGUUCUUUGUUUGGCUUUUGAUCCAUUAAAAUCAUUCAACUAUAAGGUUGUUUGUUUCUACCAAGUUGUUUCUGGUGGAUAUCAAAUUGAUGUAUAUUCGUCGGAGACUGGGUCCUGGGGUUUAAAUCAAAUUCCUUUCGUAAAUCCUCCUUCUUUGAAGAUUCAUGAGUGGGUUUUUUGUAAUGAUGCUAUUCACUGGUGCAGUCUUGAAGAGAACUCGCAAUAUUUUGAUGUUUCUAGUGAGAGCGUGAAUAUUCUGCCAAUGCCUCCGAGAGGUCAACUAGACAUUACGUACUUUGGUGGUUCUCGAGGCCAUUUGCAUAUGGGCGUAGGCAUCAGCCGUUUAAUCUUAGAAUUUGAUAUUUGGGAGCUGAAAGAGGAUUAUUCAGGAUGGUUUAUAAAGUAUCAUCUGGAUCUUCAUUCUAUGAGAAGAGUGUUGGCCAAUCGAUGUCCGUUGUCAGUUUUGAGCCUUAUCCGGGCUGAAAAGGAAGAUGAGUCAACGAUUGUGUUUGUUAUGGAUGGUAGAGCAAUAUCCUAUAAUCUUUAUGACAGGAGAUCAAAAAUGCUCUGUGAUUUGCUGCAGAAAACCAAUCCUUAUAGUGGUUAUUUAAAGUUUCAUGCUUAUGAAUACUUUGAGACACUUAUUCAUGUUUGA